GCUGCCCCAGCCCGCGGCUCCGGGCCCGGCCGCGGGAGGGGCGGGAAGAGCUCGGUACCCCAGCGACCCGGCCAGCCGUGCGGCGCCCCGGGGAAGGGCGGGGACCCGGGCGGUGCGGGGAGGGCUUGCGCGGCGGGUUCCAGGCGUCUCGGGGCGGGGGGACUUUACCCGCCCUCUGCCUCCGCCUCGGCAGCCCGCCCCGGCCCUGGGCGCAGGGUGCCGCCCCGCGCGCGGCCAGGCGCAGUCCGGAGCCGCCGCGCCCUGCGUCCCGAGCGAGCGCGCUGCGCCUGGGUCCCCGACUCAGCCGCCCCGGAGGCCCAAGCGGCGCGCAAACUUUUGCUCCAGUGCUCGGCGCUCCUCCCCGGCAUGUGAAGCCCCCAGGCGCCCGCGCAGCCGCCAGGUUGGCCGCUCCAGCGGGCGCUGCGAGCCGAGAUGCUCCUCCGGGACCUGGUGCUGCGCCGUGGCUGCUGCUGGCCCUCUCUGCUGCUGCACUGCGCGCUCCAUCCACUCUGGGGCUUCGUGCAGGUGACACACGCUGAGCCCCAGAGGUCCUGCUCCAAGGUGACUGACAGCUGCCAACACAUCUGCCAGUGCCGCCCCCCUCCCCCACUGCCGCCACCACCCCCGCCCCCACCGCCUCCCAGGCUCCUGUCAGCCCCAGCUCCCAACUCCACCUCGGGCCCUGCUGAGGAGAGCUGGUGGUCGGGGCUGGUGAUCGUCAUUGCUGUAUGCUGUGCCUCGCUGGUGUUCCUGACCGUGCUGGUCAUCAUUUGCUACAAAGCCAUAAAAAGGAAACCACUGAGGAAAGACGAGAAUGGCACCAGCACUGCUGAGUACCCCAUGAGCGCCUCACGCAGCAGCAAAGUGGUGGACGUAAACAACGCCGUGGUGUGAGUCUGCAGCCCCUGCCCCUACUGGCCAGGGGAAUGGCUUGGUGGCAGCAGCAGCGGACAGGGGCAAGCAGGUGGACACGAGCUGACCCCUGGGUUUAUCAUGGACUUCAUCAGAGGAGCCGUCCUCUUCCCAGGCCUACCCUGCCCACUUGUGGGCCAGGGCAGCCCUACACCAGGCUGAGCCCGGCUCCCCCGCAUGUAGUCCUGCAGCCACAGAGGCCCCCAGAUGUUCCCCUUGUCUAUGUCUGAUACACUUCUGCUUCCCACCCCAAGCUGCUCUCUAAAGCUCGCUCUGACAAAUGCAGGAAGUCUGCCUGCUGGAGAGGGGUGGCAUCCCCCAUUAGCCAAAAGGAAGCCAGUUUCCAGGGGCCCACUCCCCUGCCUGAAAACCUCUCCCCCUCCAGGAAGCCCACCUGUUGAUGUUCCCAACAAAGCCAUCGGCCAUGAGACAGACCUCCCUUUCAAAGGUGCUUCCCAAACACCCACCUUAUGCCCCUUUCCCAUCUGGCAUCUUUUCAACUGCAGGGCCUGCCUCCUUCCUCCCGUCCCCACCUGCAUCUCAGGCCCUGGGCUCCCAACCACCUGCCAUAGCGGGCUGUGAGCCCCGCCUGCAAAACCCCCUCCUGAGGAGCAGACAGAACCCUGGGUCAUGGGCAGGCAGCUGGCAGGGGGCAGAGUCCAAGGUCCCACACCUGUUCUGCCCCCUUCCUGCCAUGACACCAUGGAAACCUGUCCGUCCAUUGCGAGCCAGGCCCUGGAGGCCACCACUUGUGCCAACCCCCCUGGGACUGUCUGUGCCAGGCCCAGCCGCCCCCGGAGCUGAGUCCCCAUCCCCCCUCACCUGGGGGCAGGUGAGGUGCUUCCCAAGUCACCCCAGAGCCAGCUAGAAAGGCAGAGAGGACAGGGCAUGGGGCGCCCUCGGGCCUGAGGCUGUCCUGCCAGUUUCCCAGGGUCUUCCUGGUCUGGGCUCUGGGAUCAUCUGACUUGGGAGAGAACCAGACAAGUUAAGUGACUGCACCUGGUGCCCUGUGGGCACUUGGCUUGGUGGACCCCACUGGCCUCCUAAACCACCUGCCAGCUUUUCUGGGGGGGGUGGAGGAGGAAGACUGCAGGAGAGAUCUUGCACAAUCCGGGUGAGACCUAGGCACGUAAAGCAGCAAGGCCACAGCUGGUCCUGCUAUCU